AUGGCCAUCCCCGACCUCCACCCUCAAGUCUCCAUCCUCACGCCAGACCCCCCGACCACCCACCGCCUCAACGCGUGCGCCUACCAACAAAGCGCCCUCACCACCGUCGCACACACGCAAUACGCCGCCUUCUACACCCCGACGCCCGACCCAACCACGCGCUUCCUCACCCUCGCGCGCCGCGAUCUCUCCGACCAGAGCAGCGAAUGGCACCACCUCACCUUCACGGACUACCCCCAGCGCACCGACGACGGCCACAACACCAUCUCCGUGGGCAUCUGCGCCGGCGACGGCACGAUCCACCUGGCCUUCGACCACCACUGCGACACGCUGCACUACCGCCUCUCCCAGCCGGGGCUGGCCUACGACACCCGCAAGACCAGCUGGACAUCUGCCAGUUUCGGGGCGGUGCAAUCCCAUCUCCCGGGGUGCAGCACCCUGAGCGACGUGACCUACCCCCGCUUCAUCCCGGCAGGAGAGAACCUGUUCUUUGAGUGUCGCAUCGGACGAGCAGGCGCCGGCUCAGAAGCACUAUACCUCUACACCCCAGCGCCAAACACCACAUCCACAGAUACACGCACAGAUACAUCCCCACUCCCAAAUCCAGGAUCAGCAACAGCAACAGGAAAAUACACCCCCCACCCCACGCCCCAAGCCCUCUACCUCCACGGCCAAGCCUGCAACCCCUACCCCAACGGCCUCUCUUUCCACGCCCCCACCAACAAACUGCACAUCACCUGGACGAACCGCCACUUCGUCCCCUACGAAGGAGCAGGGGACCCGACCUCCACGGCGCACAAAGCGCAGACGGGGCCGAACGGACCCGAGAACAACGAGGGGCUGUACCAUGCUUUCGCCGAGGUGGACCCCAACCCCAACCCCGACCCCUGGCACGCAGACAGAAAGUUGGGCGUAAGCGUACGAUGGCGCGGUAGCCAUACCGCGGACGAGGUCCUUGCGACCGGUGCAUUCGGCGCGGAUCCUCCGGAUGAAGCGGAAGAGGAAGCGACAACGCCUCUAGACUCCCAGGACCCCCGGCUCCGGGUGAGGCGGAUCCCCCGCGGGAGUGGGAUUAUGAAUCAGGAGAGCCAGUUUGUCGACGCGGACGGGACCCUGCAUGUGUUGAAUCGCGAGAAUACGCGGGCGGGGCGGGAGGAGUGGGUGUAUUAUGUGUGUGGGCGGGAUGGGAAGGGGUGGGAGAGUUGGGCGUUGGAGGGCGUGUGGCCGACCGAGACGGGGUUGAGGGGGAAGGUGGUUUGCUGGCGUUCUCGGGUGUGGUUUGUUUUGCCGGAGAAUGAGAGGGAGGAGUGGGUGUUGGCGCGGUGGGGGAGGGAGGAGGGGUUGGAGGUUGUGUGGAGGGGGAAUGGGUUCACGGGGGAGCCGGUGGUGGAUGAGCGGGCGUUGCUGGAGGUGGGGGUUUUGUCGGUCUUGGGGUUGAGGGUUGAUGGGGAGGGGGGGAGGGAGGUCGUGGUGCUGACGUUUGUUUUGGAGGGGUUGAAUUGA